ACACACCACACAAUCAUGUGACCACCCUACAUCAUAAUAUUGUUAUCCAAAGCACGUGUAAACCUGAAUAACUCAAAGUAGUUCAUCAUGUGACCAUUUUAUUUGCAUUUUCAUUAUCUGGAAACCAAUGAAACCUCAGUGACUAUUUAAAGGGAUAGCUGAGUCGGAUUUGGAAUUAUUCCCCAGGAAGCGUCCGAGAUGACACACGCAGGUUGUUGUGGUACGACUUCGAUCUUCGUCAAGGUGUCAGCAUUCUUGUUUCUCUUUGCAUUUGGCCUUCUUCUUCUGGGGUUCGGGACGCCACUAUGGAGUGCAAGAGGAGGUCAGAACGAAGGACUCUGGGAGAGGUGCACCGGGAGCGUAUGUGUCUCAACUCCAUCUGAUCCACUAGGAGAUGAAGGCUGGUUUAUUGCCGUGCAAGUGGUUGUGACGAUUGGCUUGAUCCUUGGUUUUGUCGGCGUCAUUCUUUCUUUCAUCCUCCUGUGUGAUGUCGCAUGUGUAAACAAAAUUGUAAUCCGGAUUGCAGCGAUCAUACACGCCUUUAUACCAGCUGCCUUGCUCUUGUGCGGUUUGUUUGUCUACUGGAUCAGAGGCGAGAUAUAUUUCGCCGUCUUCUAUCUGGGUUUUUCCUGGGGGAUCACUCUUAUUGCCGCCAUCGUCUUCAUCGUUGCUGGCAUACUCCUCUCCAUCGACAUUGACCGCUUCUGCAACAAACCUGUAGAAUGUGAUGAAGCUACAGCAACAUGCUGCACACGCCUUGACUAAAUAGUGUCAAGGUCGCGAUGUGGUCAAUAAGUCAAAGGAAUGAAGGCAUGUCAUAAUGUAUUAUGUAUAAUGUAUACUAUCUGUCAAUAAAGCAAUUUUUGUAUA